UCCAACAGAACAGCAGAAGAGAGGUAUAUGUGGAUAAAAAUUAAUUUCUUGGGCCUGACAUAAUGACUCAAUUAGCUAAUGCUUCCCUUGUAAGCGCUGUGUCCCUGCUGCUCCACUUUCCAUCCAGCUCCCUUCAUCUGGGUCUGCCACGUAGGUGGUGGGAAGGUCCAAUCACCUGGGGUAUCUUCCACUUUUUCCAGGCCCUUCGCAGGGAAUCGCAUUAGAGGUGGAGCAGCCGGACACUAGCUGGAAGCGCUGCAGGUGGCAGCUUUCCCACAGAGCUGGCCCCUGGAGGAUCUGUCUUCAGGUUGAUAAGGGGACUUCCGAGCCAUCAGUCAUCCUGCCAGGGCUGUACUCUGUGACGCUAAGCCUCAGAACUGUCGCAGCCGUGCCCACCCAAGUCGAUCCUCCUUCGGAGAGCGUAUCCCACCCAGGCCUGGGCAAGCCAUGGGUCCUCGGCGGCAGCGUCAAGAAGGCGCGCUGAACGCUUCGGGACACACCAGGAAGCCCUUUUAUCGUCAAUGAACAUCCACGGGCUCGGACACCAAAUAUCCCUCCCUCGGGUUACUGAUAAGGGGCAUCCGACGCAUCUCACGCCAAAGAAAAGAUUAUCUCACCCCGAGAAGACUCCCGAAGCCCAAACACAGCCUCUCCAGCAGCCACCCCGCCACCCCGCCAAACUCAGUCCCGCCCAGCGCUUGGCGGGAGGCUUCCGCACGUGACCACUUCGAGUGGGCGCGGAGGACGCACUGCAGCACCUGAGACCACAGAGGACGCUCUGGGCUCUCGUCUCUAUGAUCCUCUUUGUGACCCGUCGAACGGCGCCGGAAUUCCAGAGCUCCGUGCCAAUCGUCCUCCCCUCCGACAGAGAGCACUGCAGCGACCUGACUGGUUUUCCGUCACCGUCUCGAGUCCUGAAGACGAGGGCCAGCGUCGGCGCAUGCGCGCCCGGUGGCGGGGCACUGUAGCUGGGGAGAAGCCCCGGCACGGCUGGCACUGCGGGCUGCGCGCGUGCGCCGUGGCGAUCUCGGCGCUGGCCUGGGCCGCCGUGCUGAGAGCAGGACUGUGAACGCCGGAGAGGGCCGCGGGGAUGUUCCGCAAGGCCCGGCGGGUGAACGUGCGCAAGCGGAACGACUCGGAGGAAGAGGAACGAGAGCGGGAUGAGGAGCAGGACACGCCGCCGCUGCUGCUGCCGCCCCCGGGCGCCGGCGAAGAUGCGCCGGGCCCCGGGGGAGAGUCGCUGCUGGGCCCCGGGCCGCCUUCGGCGCUCACCCCGGGCGCCGCGGCCGAGAGCGGAGGGGCCGCCGGCUUCCCCGGCGCCGCGGAGCCUGGCAACGGGCUGAAGCCGCGCAAGAGGCCUCGCGAGAACAAAGAGGUGCCCCGGGCCAGCCUGCUGAGCUUCCAGGACGAGGAGGAAGAAAACGAAGAGGUUUUCAAAGUGAAGAAAUCCAGCUAUAGCAAAAAAAUAGUAAAGUUGCUCAAGAAAGAAUACAAAGAGGACCUCGAGAAAUCCAAGAUUAAGACGGAACUUAACUCAGCCGCUGACAAUGAACAGCCACUGGACAAACCCGGACACGUUAAGGAUGCAAACCAAGAAGAUGGAGUUCUCCUCGGCGAGCACGGGGACGAUGAGAUGGACAUGGAGAGCGAGAAGGAGGAGGAGAAGCCCAAGGCCGCGGGGGCCUUCUCCAGCGCGCUCUCGUCUCUGAAUGUUCUCCGGCCAGGAGAAAUUCCAGAUGCAGCUUUUAUACAUGCAGCAAGGAAAAAGCGCCAAAUGGCCCGAGAACUGGGAGACCUCACGCCUCAUGAAAAUGAGCCUGGGAAAGGCCGCCUGGUUAGAGAGGAUGAGAAUGAUGCCAGCGAUGAUGAAGAUGAUGAUGAGAAACGGCGUAUCGUUUUUUCUGUGAAGGAAAAAUCACAAAGGCAGAAGAUUGCUGAGGAAAUAGGCAUUGAGGGGAGUGAUGACGACGCUUUGGUAACAGGCGAGCAAGAUGAAGAGCUCAGCAGAUGGGAGCAGGAGCAGAUAAGAAAAGGAAUUAAUAUCCCGCAGGUCCAAGCAAGUCAGCCCACGGAAGUGAAUAUGUACUACCAGAACUCUUACCAGACAAUGCCUUACGGCUCAUCCUAUGGCAUUCCUUACAAUUACACGACCUAUGGAUCGUCGGAUACCAAAUCUCAAAAAACAGAUAAUACAGUCCCUUUCAAAACUCCCAGUAAUGAGAUGACUCCCGUUACUAUUGAUUUGGUAAAGAAACAGCUUAAAGACAGGUUGGACUCCAUGAAAGAGCUGCACAAAGCAAAUCGGCAGCAGCACGAGAGACACCUGCAGAGCCGAGUGGACUCCACCAGGGCCAUUGAGAGAUUGGAAGGGUCUUCUGGGGGUAUUGGUGAACGGUAUAAAUUUUUGCAAGAAAUGCGAGGGUAUGUCCAAGACUUGCUUGAGUGUUUCAGUGAAAAGGUGCCACUGAUUAAUGAACUUGAAUCAGCAAUUCAUCAGCUGUACAAACAGCGAGCUUCCCGCCUUGUCCAAAGACGACAAGAUGAUAUUAAAGAUGAAUCCUCGGAGUUUUCAAGCCAUUCAAAUAAAGCUCUGAUGGCACCAAAUCUUGAUUCCUUUGGUCGUGAUCGGGCACUGUACCAAGAACAUGCAAAACGUCGGAUUGCAGAGCGAGAGGCCAGGAGGACUCGUCGUCGGCAAGCCCGAGAGCAAACUGGGAAGAUGGCUGAUCACCUUGAAGGCCUUUCGAGUGAUGACGAAGAAACGUCCACAGAUAUUACUAAUUUCAACCUGGAAAAAGAUCGAAUAUCCAAAGAGUCCAGCAAGAUUUUUGAAGAUGUCCUUGAGAGUUUCUCCUCCAUCGACUGUAUUAAGUCGCAGUUCGAAGCAUGGCGUUCAAAAUACUACACUUCCUACAAAGAUGCUUACAUUGGCCUUUGCCUGCCCAAGCUGUUCAACCCGCUCAUACGGCUGCAGCUGCUCACCUGGACUCCUCUGGAGGCAAAAUGUCGUGACUUUGAGAAUAUGCUGUGGUUUGAGUCUUUGCUGUUCUAUGGUUGUGAGGAACGUGAGCAAGAAAAAGACGACGUGGAUGUUGCACUGCUACCUACCAUUGUGGAGAAGGUGAUUCUUCCUAAGCUGACAGUGAUAGCUGAAAAUAUGUGGGACCCUUUUUCUACAACACAGACUUCAAGAAUGGUUGGAAUUACACUAAAGUUAAUAAAUGGAUAUCCUUCAGUAGUAAAUGCAGAAAAUAAAAAUACACAGGUAUUCCUAAAGGCACUUUUAUUGCGAAUGAGAAGAACUUUAGAUGACGAUGUGUUUAUGCCUUUGUAUCCCAAAAAUGUCUUAGAAAAUAAAAAUUCGGGGCCUUACUUGUUUUUCCAACGACAGUUUUGGUCUUCAGUUAAGCUAUUAGGAAAUUUCCUUCAGUGGUACGGCAUUUUCUCCAAUAAAACUCUUCAGGAGUUAUCAAUAGAUGGUCUAUUGAAUAGAUACAUUCUUAUGGCUUUUCAGAAUUCAGAAUAUGGCGAUGACAGCAUCAAAAAAGCCCAAAAUGUAAUUAACUGCUUCCCCAAGCAGUGGUUCAUGAAUCUGAAAGGAGAAAGAACUAUUUCUCAAUUAGAAAAUUUUUGUCGAUACCUUGUACACCUAGCAGAUACAAUUUAUAGAAACAGUAUGGGAUGCUCUGAUGUGGAGAAAAGAAAUGCAAGAGAAAACAUAAAACAGAUAAUAAAACUUCUUGCAAGUGUUCGAGCUUUGGAUCAUGCUAUGACUGUUGCAAGUGACCACAAUGUGAAAGAAUUUAAAUCUUUGAUCGAAGGAAAAUAGAUCUGUGAGACUGAAAAGCCUGUUUCUUUUAAUACCAUUCCCAAUGUAUAAAUUUUGUAUAUAUGUAAAGUUUCUUAAGCUGUAAAAUACUGAUUCUUGUUUUAAUACAGAAAACAUUAUAUU